AUGUUUGCCACUCUACUUUGCUUUACCGUCUACGCACUGUCCUUACUUCAUGCCAAACCCGUAACAAAUGACCCUGCUCCCAACUUUCUCCCUGCCACUUUUCCUGCAACUACACCGAGACCACUGGGGUGCGAGGUCAACGGGAAGUUCUACUCGCCCGGAGAAAUAAUUAGCUCAGAAAUUGACAAGCAGUUUGGGUGGUGUCACGGUACAUAUUGCAGCGAAGAUGGUAAUGUGAUUCCGUGGGAUGAUUUUAAUUGUGGUGCUACUACUCCACUCCUUCCAGCAACAACAGCUCCUUUUCCUACCACACCAAAGACAACCACGCCACGGACCACAACACGACAAACUACCACACAACGAGCCACCACGUCAAGGAUUAGUACACCGCUUACCACAUUCCCUCCAGCUACAACUCCGCCGAGACCACUGGGGUGCGAGGUCAACGGGAAGUUCUACUCGCCUGGAGAAAUAAUUAGCUCAGAAAUUGACAAGCAGUUUGGGUGGUGUCACGGUACAUAUUGCGGCGAAGAUGGUAAUGUGAUUCCGUGGGAUGAUUUUAAUUGUAUCAAUACAACCAUCCCCGCUGAAGCUUCAACUACUCCCGAACCAUCGUCUACACCUCCCUCACCCAUAACCACUUCAUCGUAUUCUUCAGCUAUUGUUGAAGAGGCUAGUACUCUUUCCCCUCGGGCAACAACUGCGUAUACAACUGUUCCACGACGCUUAGGAUGUGAAUAUGAAGGCAAAUUUUACGCCCCCGGGACAGAAAUAAGUAAAGGAUCAGACGGUCGCGGGCGGUGUUACGGUUUAAUCUGCACUGAUGAUGGUAAUAUAACGCCUUGGGACGAUUUCAAUUGUGGUGCUACCACGUCUCCCCCAAUCACAGCCUCUCAUCCUUCUCCUACAACAACGCCAAGUACUGCUAGAAGGAAAAGCACACCAAAAACUACCAAACCUCAAUAUAGUAGUACACCACAGACUACAAGACAAUCAGGCUGCGAGUACGAAGGCAACUUUUAUUCCCCUGGUGCGAGCUUUGGUGAAGGAACUGACGGAGAGGGAUGGUGUUAUGGUUUAUAUUGUGAUUAUGAUGGUAAUGUGAUUCCGUGGGAUAAUUUUGAAUGUGGUACUUCUACCCCUCUUCCAUCAACCACUGCUCCUUUUCCCACCACUACCUUCCCUCUACCUACAACUGUGCCGAAAUCACUAGGAUGCGAGGUCGAUGGGAAAUUUUAUUCACCAGGUGAAGAAAUUAGCUCAGAAAUUGACAAGGAGAUUGGGUGGUGUUAUGGUACAUACUGCGGUGAAGAUGGUAAUGUGAUUCCAUGGAAUGAUUUUAAUUGUGGUACUACUACCCCCCUUCCAGCAACAACAGCUCCUUUUCCUACCACAACAAAAUCAACUACACCACGAACCACCACACCACGAACCACCACGCCAAUGACUAGUACACCACUUACCACCUUUUCUGUCCCUACAACUGCACUGGGAUGCGAGGUCGAUGGGAAAUUUUAUUCACCAGGAGAAGAAAUUAGCUCAGAAAUUGACAAGGAGAUUGGGUGGUGUUAUGGUACAUACUGCGGCGAAGAUGGUAAUGUGAUUCCGUGGAAUGAUUUUAAUUGUGGUGCUACUACUCCCCUCCUUCCAGCAACAACAGCUCCUUUUCCUACCACAACAAAACCAACUACACCACGAACCACCACGCCAAUGACUAGUACACCACUUACCACCUUUUCUGUCCCUACAACUGCACUGGGAUGCGAGGUCGAUGGGAAAUUUUAUUCACCAGGAGAAGAAAUUAGCUCAGAAAUUGACAAGGAGAUUGGGUGGUGUUAUGGUACAUACUGCGGCGAAGAUGGUAAUGUGAUUCCGUGGAAUGAUUUUAAUUGUGGUGCUACUACUCCCCUCCUUCCAGCAACAACAGCUCCUUUUCCUACCACAACAAAACCAACUACACCACGAACCACCACGCCAAUGACUAGUACACCACUUACCACCUUUUCUGUCCCUACAACUGCACUGGGAUGCGAGGUCGAUGGGAAAUUUUAUUCACCAGGAGAAGAAAUUAGCUCAGAAAUUGACAAGGAGAUCGGGUGGUGUUAUGGUACAUACUGCGGCGAAGAUGGUAAUGUGAUUCCGUGGAAUGAUUUUAAUUGUGGUACUACUACCCCGCUUCCAUCAACCACUACCCCUUUCCCAACCACACCAAAGACAACUACACCACGAACCACCCCACCACGAACUACCACGCCAAUGACUAGUACACCACUUACCACCUUUUCUGUCCCUACAACUGCACUGGGAUGCGAGGUCGAUGGGAAAUUUUAUUCACCGGGAGAAGAAAUUAGCUCAGAAAUUGACAAGGAGAUUGGGUGGUGUUAUGGUACAUACUGCGGCGAAGAUGGUAAUGUGCUUCCGUGGAAUGAUUUUAAUUGUGGUACUACUGCACCUCUUCCAGCAACAACAGCUCCUUUUCCUACCACACCAAAGGCAACUACACCACGAACCACCACACCACGAACCACCACACCACGAACCACCACACCACAAACCACCACGCCAAUGACUAGUACUACACUUACCACCUUUUCUGUCCCUACAACUGCACUGGGAUGCGAGGUCGAUGGGAAAUUUUAUUCACCAGGUGAAGAAAUUAGCUCAGAAAUUGACAAGGAGAUUGGGUGGUGUUAUGGUACAUACUGCGGGGAAGAUGGUAAUGUGAUUCCGUGGAAUGAUUUUAAUUGUGGUACUACUACCCCCCUUCCAGCAACAACAGCUCCUUUUCCUACCACACCAAAGACAACUACACCACGAACCACCACACCACGAACCACCACGCCAAUGUCUAGUACACCACUUACCACCUUUUCUGUCCCUACAACUGCACUGGGAUGCGAGGUCGAUGGGAAAUUUUAUUCACCAGGUGAAGAAAUUAGCUCAGAAAUUGACAAGGAGAUUGGGUGGUGUUAUGGUACAUACUGCGGCGAAGAUGGUAAUGUGAUUCCAUGGAAUGAUUUUAAUUGUGGUACUACUAACCCGCUUCCAUCAACCACUACCCCUUUCUCAACCACACCAAAGACAACUACACCACGAACCACCACAUCACGAACCACCACGCCAAUGACUAGUACACCACUUACCACCCUUUCUGUACCUACAACUGCACUGAGAUGCGAGGUCGAUGGGAAAUUUUAUUCACCAGGAGAUGAAAUUAGCUCAGAAAUUGACAAGGAGAUUGGGUGGUGUUAUGGUACAUACUGCGGCGAAGAUGGUCAUGUGAUUCCGUGGAAUGACUUUAAUUGUGGUACCAUAACCCAUACCGUACCUUCGAGCACUCCUCCCCCACGUAUAACCACAGAGAUACGAUCUACGCCCAGAACGUCAACAACACCUGAGCCUUCUAAAGAAAUUCUACCAUCUACUUCAAGCCCCAAAACACCCACUCUUACAAGUGCUUUACCUCCUUCUACCCCUCAAUCUAUUGGUUGGUGCUUCUUUGAAGGGAAAUAUUUCGAAAAUGGUGAUACUAUUUCACGUAUAGACUUCGGCUGGGGUUGGUGUUCGGGUUGGUAUUGCAAUGAUGGAAAGGUUGAUUCUUGGACCCGUUAUGACUGCCCUAAUCCUACUACAGUGUCAAAGUCCACACCAAGCGCCCCUAGUUUGCAAUGUUACUACCAGGGGAUAUAUUAUAACGAGGGUGAAGUAGUAGUUCCUUUUGAGGGGAGCGGAGAUUGUGAGGGCAUGUAUUGUAGCGGUGGGGUGCUUGUCCCAUACGAGGGUAGAGACUGCGGUAGCACAAAACAAACUAACCCACCUACCACAGAGCCAAGUCCCAAACCGGUUUUCUCAACAAACACAGUCAUCCCCGAACCAUCGCGAUGUCUUCACGAAGGACGGUAUUACGAACAGGGUGAUUUGGCCCCGAGUGGGGACAAUUGGUGUGCUGGGUUGAUAUGUAAAGAUGGAAAGAUGAUAUCGUGGGAAAAUUGUGAGGUGAAGAUCGAAACCACCAACAUACCUGUUACAGACGCCAGUAACGCAACUGACUCAACCCUUGCCCAAUCUACAAUCCUUAGUUCGAUAACCAACCCCACUUCCGACAGUACAACUACCACUAAACCCUCUGAAAAGCGAACAACCCACGGUCCCGAACUAUCUCGAUGUUUCUAUGAAGGAAGAUAUUAUGAAGAGGGUGAUUUGGUCCCUAGUGGGAACAAUUGGUGUUCUGGGUUGAUAUGUAAGGAUGGGAAGAUGGUAUCGUGGGAAAAUUGUGAGGUGAAAAUCGAAACCACCAACAUACCUGUUACACACGCCAGUAAAGCAACCAUUACCCAAUCUACCAUCCCUAGUUCUGUAACCAACCCCACUUCUGACAGUAUAACUACAAGUAAACCCUCUGAAAUGCCAACAAUCCAAGGUCCCGAACGAUCUCGAUGUUUCUAUGAAGGAAGGUAUUAUGAGGAGGGUGACUUGGUCCCGAGUGGGAACAAUUGGUGUUCUGGGUUGAUAUGUAAUGAUGGGAAAAUGAUAUCGUGGGAAAAUUGUGAGGUGAAGAUCGAAACCACCAACAUACCUGUUACAGACGCAAGUAAAGCAACUGACUCAACCCUUACCCAAUCCACCAUCCCUAAUUCAAUAACCAAACCCACAUCUGACAGUAUAACUACCACUAAACCCUCUGAAACGCCAACAACCCACGGUCCCGAACUAUCUCGAUGUGUCUAUGAAGGAAGGUAUUAUGAAGAGGGUGAUUUGGUUCCGAGUGGGAACAAUUGGUGUUCUGGGUUGAUAUGUAAGGAUGGGAAGAUGGUAUCGUGGGAAAAUUGUGAGGUGAAAAUCGAAACCACCAACAUACCUGUUACACACGCCAGUAAAGCAACCAUUACCCAAUCUACCAUCCCUAGUUCUGUAACCAACCCCACUUCUGACAGUAUAACUACAAGUAAACCCUCUGAAAUGCCAACAUCCCAAGGUCCCGAACCAUCUCGAUGUUUCUAUGAAGGAAGGUAUUAUGAGGAGGGUGACUUGGUCCCGAGUGGGAACAAUUGGUGUUCUGGGUUGAUAUGUAAUGAUGGGAAAAUGAUAUCGUGGGAAAAUUGUGAGGUGAAGAUCGAAACCACCAACAUACCUGUUACAGACGCCAGUAAAGCAACUGACUCAACCCUUACCCAAUCUACCAUCCCUAAUUCAAUAACCAAACCCACAUCUGACAGUAUAACUACCACUAAACCCUCUGAAACGCCAACAACCCACGGUCCCGAACUAUCUCGAUGUGUCUAUGAAGGAAGGUAUUAUGAAGAGGGUGAUUUGGUUCCGAGUGGGAACAAUUGGUGUUCUGGGUUGAUAUGUAAGGAUGGGGAGAUGGUAUUGUUGGAAAAUUGCGAGGUUAAACUUCAAAGUACCAACCUACCUAUCACAGACAACAGUAAAACAACCGGAUCUGAACCUUCAGAAACCAUCAGCCCUAGCUCUAUAACCAAUCCCACUACAAGUGAAGGUACCACUAACCCACCAGACUUAACCACUACAUCUAUAACCAACCUUACCACCCAAACUAAAGAAACCACUAAUCCCCCCGAACUAGAACCGUGUUUCCACGAAGAAAAAUACUACGAAGAAGGUAUGGAUGAUAAUGAAGUAUUUUUAGAUCUGAAAAUAUCGAACAUUUAUAAUUUUUAAUGCACACGUUGCGUACGUUAUUCGAAAAAAUGGAAAUUUGCGGACAGAAUAAAUUGCUUUUACUUCACGCCGAAAGCUUUUUCUUUAAAACUGUACUGGAAAGUCAGAAGGUGAUACGGUGUAUCUACAAGUUUGCCUGUGAUAAGUACAGGUUUUCUUUCUUUUUAUGACCUAUAACUUAUUUUUAAACCUUAGUCGUGCUAACUGAAUUGUUUUGUGUUCUAAAGCCUAUAAAAAUGAAAUGAGGAAGAUAUUAUGUAGCUACCUCACACAAAUUUAUAGCAGCUGUUGUUUUAAUUCAUCUUUUGUGAAUAUUUGUUUAUUCGCCGAUCAGAGUUGACGUCAUCAUUUUUCAUUUGUAUGGGAAAAACAACAUUUACAAAAGCCCGUAAAUCGCACCCUGUGUGUCCAAAUAACGUGAAAUGUUUGGUAUAGACUAAUUUGAGGACGAAAAUUUCAAUACUGGAGUCCAUUUCUGCCAAACAUGAAAUAUCGAUAACGGAGAAUAUCCAGGAACCUUGCAACAAAGCUUAAGGUUUCCUAAAUGUCCCUAGCCCGUAAUAAUGCUUGUAAUACUUCAAUUGCAUGUAUUUUUUUGUUAAAGGUGAUAUAAUUCCCCGAGAUUUCAACGGGGACAACUGGUGUUCAGGUUGGUACUGCAAGGGUGGGCAAUUGAUACCUGUGGACUGUGGUGAUAUUAUAUCCAAAGAAGACACUUCAAGUCCCAAAUCAGUUUCCCCGCCAAUAACUCGUGGUCCCGAAUCAUCCCUAUGUUAUCACGAGGGAAGAUAUUACGAAGAGGGUGACUUGGCCAUGAGUGGAAACAAUUGGUGUUCUGGAUUGAUAUGUAAUGACGGUGUAAUGGUAUUGUGGAACACUUGUGAAACUAAGCUUCAAAGCACUCAAACUCCUGGUGCAACUAUACUCCCUAAGAGUACCUCAAAACAACCUGAAAGCACUCCCACAAUCCCUACAAGCUCAACAGAGACUCCUGUUACAAAAACAUCUAGUAUACACCCUACUACGAAAACAUUACCUUAUACUACUAAAAUAACUCAUUCAAAAUUCCCAGAUACCACUGCAAAAACCUCUGUUAGUACGACUAAUAUCCCAGAUACCACAACAAAAGCCCCCGAUAGUACCACAAUAUUCUCCGACUCCACUACAAGAACCACUGAUACUCCUACAAAACGCGAACAAACAACCCCUACGCAACCCCCACAAACAACAAAACCAGAAAAACAAAAAUGCUUUUACGAGGGCGCACUUUACCCGCCCGGGGAAGUUACCCAAGGGGUUCUAGAAGACGGUCGGUGUUAUGGAGUACUUUGCGACAUCUCCGGUGUGAUUAUCCAAUGGGUGACCGCCACCUGUACACGUACAGAACCACCCACGACUGAGAUAAAGAAUACUUUACCUGGGUGUGUUUAUGGCGAUAAGUACUAUCCUCCGGGAAGAAUAAGCCGUAUAUCAGACGACACCAGCUGGUGUUUAGAUGUAAUAUGCACAGAAGAAGGUAAAAUUGUGUCAAUUAAUAACAUGAAUUGUGACGAAGCAACGACCCCAAAGCCUACGACUGCGGCAACUACAAAACCCGAAAAUACGUGCUUAUACAAUGGUAUGUUGCUACGUUAUACUUUUUUAUUAUAUAGUAGAGAGUGAGAUACUGAAAAAUACACAGUGAGAUAUUUCCAUAUCUUCACUAGUGAAGAUAUCGAUCACGUGACGUUUAGUAUUUAUACAAUUUUUUGCUUGGGACUAUAUAAGAACAGAACAUUACACGGUGGCUUGAAGAUAUGACUUUUAUCUCGUGUUAAAAACAAUAUUUCACUCACUCGCUGCGCUCGUUCGUAAAAUAUUGUUUUCACCACUCGAAGAUAAAAGUCAUGUUUUCGCGCCGCCGUGUAAUAUCCUCUAUAUUAUUAUUUGCAUGAUAACAUUUUAAAAUUUGUGCAAGAAUCAUUUUCGCGGAAUGGAAAAAUGUCUUCUUGUGCAUUUUUUUAGAUUUUAUUUGCACAUUGCAUGCGGCUCAUCUAUACUCGUUUUGCAACUGUGUAAAAAUGAAAAUUUUCUUUAAGACUGUUUCGAUAUUUAAAGGGUAUAAGAGAAAUGAAAUUCAAGUCUGUUUGGAGAGAAAGAACUCGUUACACUGUGAAAUAAGUUAUUUUACAACUUUUCUUUACCGCUUGUCAUUCUUGAGAUAUUUUAGUUUGUUGGAUAUGCAUAUAACAUACAUCUAUGACGUCAGAAGCUCAGGGUAAAAUAUUUUAAAAAAUGGUAGCCACGCCAAAGUCGUAAAAAGCUCAAUGUUCAAAACAAUCUUCUUAGCUACUUUGCCCAAUCUUAUGGCCUACGCUUUUAUCAUUCGCAAACAUUUUACACAACUGCAACUAAUUUCCCGAUCAAUGUUCAAUACUAAUGUUUUGAGACCGAUCUUUCAUUAACGAUGACGUCAUGACGUCAUCACCACCGGACUUAACAACUAUUCAAAACUUCUUAACUCGUUGUUAUAAAAGAAGAUAUACAUCAGAACAAAUAUAGAUAUUAAUAUACUGUUAGAGCAAAUAGAUAGAAAGCUGUUUGAAAGCUGUAUAAACAAAACAAUCAUCCGUUAAGAGAAAUCUGUCCAAAAAUUAAAGAAUAUACAGUUAAACUUAGAACACAAGAGACACAGUGGCCAAACAUUUCUACCGAGCGUUUUAAAAAUAGUUUCAUCAAUAGAUGUAUUUUUAGAUAUAAUUUAGCUAUGCAAUUUUAAUAUAACCUAAACAUUUUUAAUUUUAAAAACUUGUAAUAUAUUUUAAAAAUUGUUUUGUAACACUUGAUAUGUAAUUUAUCAAUUGAUUAAUAAUAAUAAUUAAUUAAGUCAGAAGAAUGACUUUUCUACAGUAUAAGGUGUAAAACAGUAAAAACUCUUUGCACUGUUGUCAGUCGAACCAUUUUUAGUCGAAUUGAGUACUGAUUUCAAAGUCGUAAUUUAUGCAGUUUUAAUAUGCUCGCACGAUUACAAUACAUUUUAAACUCCCAGAGGUAAUAAAAUUGCUUGUCAUAGAAGAUUUGCUAUCUUGCCAAACAAAAAUUUUCCAACGGAAAACUUGCUUAUGGAAUCGGCUUAAGUUUCCCAAACUACCAUAUUUUUUAUUUAAAAAAGCCUAAAAUGAAAAGGAGAGCAAAUAAUUUUCAUGAACUGCAUAUUUGGAAUUAAUUUCAUUUCAAAGACUAUUAAGUUAUAUAUUUGGUAUGUGUAAUGUAGCCUAAAUAUAUACAUAAAAUAUUUUUGCCAUUUUGUACAAAAAAUUAAAAAAUCGUUGUGUUACCAUGACUACAUUGACAUCACUCUGACGUGAGCCAGAGAUCACUCAACUGUACUAGCUGUGGCUAUUGACAUACUUUUUGUUGAAAAAUGUUUGGCAAAUAUAAUUGCUUGGUUAAAAAGACGAUGGGUUACUGCAUGUUAACUUCAUACAAUUAUUAGGUAUGAUGUGAAUUUUAUGUGACAAUCUGUUUAGGUAUGAAAUAUUCUCCUGGCGUAAUCAGCGAAGGAGUCGACGAAAAUGGCUGGUGCUACAAAGUUGUUUGUCAAGAAAAUGGAGAAUUAUACUUGUGGGGUGACUGGCAUUGCCGGUAUAGUCGAAGGUCAACCACCACAGCCCCCCUAGAAACGACUCCUUCAGCUCCUACGACAUGCACGUACAAUAUGAAGGAGUAUCCAGUCGGGGAAAUCACCCGGGGGAAUGAUGCGUCUGGAUGGUGCUAUGGAGUGACGUGUAGAAACGAUGGACAGAUUGUGUUGUGGGGAAGCUUUACAUGUCGCAAGGCGUAAAGCUUAAGUUAGAGGCUGUUUGUAUGAUUCCGCAUUCCAGGACGAGAUGUGAGGAUUAUUUUGAUGUAUUGAAAUAAGUCACGGUACAUGAUUCAGCAAAAAAACUACAUUAUUUUUUAGUGAUACUGAUACAUUAUAGUUAGCUGUAAACAAAUGGUUGUUGAAGCAGCAAUAAUAAUCUUCUUCAACAAAUGAAUCUUCUCUACAACAUUUGUGUUCUUUUACAGGUAAAUCAACUUUUGAACUUUCGUUUAGCCCAGUGACUUAUUUCAAUACAUCCACGCAAAUCAUCCCGCCUUCCAUCAUGUAAACGGCCCCUUAUAUAUAUAGAGACCACAAGUAGAGUGUAGUUUUAAAAUUGCAAUGGAAUCCGUCUAACUUAUUAUAUAUAGUAUGGAUGAUAAAAUUAAUGGAUUACGCAUGAAAAUCUACAGUUCCCAAAGGGCAUCGAGAUAAAAUUUUAGUUUCUCUAGUUAGUUAGAAAGAACUCGCAGUGCUUGCUUUGCAAGUUAUUUUACACCUUAUUAAACUUUUUCGUUUUUCAAAUAUUUUAGUUUGUCCGAUAUGUAAAUAAACCGAAUCCAUGACGUCAUAAGCAGGGUAAAAAAACUGCACAAAUGUGUCUCACAAUGACAUAAUCUAGCGAUUCAAAGGAGUCCUCUGCUUAUAGCGUGGGUAUAGGUGAUGUGCAAUGCAAGAUUCAACAUGCUGAUGUGGUGACGUGGUGUUUAUGAAAUUAAGAAUUUACUAAACAACGCCAGCUGCUUGCCGUAUAGUAUAAGCUAAAUACCGGCUUACUCUAUAAUUGAAGCGGCAUGUAAAAAUUGUUUAUAGCUAUAGUAAGACAAGACGCAAACACAGGAGAAAAUAAACAUGCAGAUAGCUAAAAGUCUUUCACUUCGUAAGAAUGCAUGAAUACUGUCGAAUGCCUUAUAUUUCCCAGAUAUAUCUCUAAAAAAAUUCCCGCUUGAAAAUUAUUAUUGCAUUGUAAUAUUGCUGAUGUCUUCUACAGUGAUUUAACCUGUGGUCAUGCGCAUAUAUUACAUACUAAUACAGAGCCUAAAGGCGGAUCUCCACUAGACGAUUUUUGAGACGAUGUUUAUGAUGAUCGUCAUAAAAAUUCGUGAUGAUUUAGAGACAAGUGGAGAUGUACUAGCAGCAAGAAAAACAGCGUGGAAUCGUAUUGGUUGAAAAUAUGACGAUCGUCAAGCGCUCGACGAAAAGUAGAACUAGUUUCUACUUUUCGUCGAGCGCUUGACGAUUCUUGACCAUCUCUUUUACGAUAAUUUAUUUCCUACUGCGCAUGUUCGUGGCGAAUUUUUCAGACAAUCGUUAUAAAAAAUCGUCUAGUGGAGAUCCGCCUUUAAGGCGGAUUUCCACUAGACGAUUUUUGAGACGAUGCGCAAUUGAAAAAAAAUGUUCAAAGAGCAAUCGUCUAGCGCUCGACGAUAAGUGGGAUUGACUUCUACUUUUCAUCGAGCGCCAGACGAAUGCCAAAUUUUUAACCAAAAUUUCCGCUCUUUUUUUCUUGCAGCUAGUGCAUCUCCACUUCUCUCUAAAUCGUCGCGAAUUUUUAUGACGAUCGUCGUAAAAAUCGUCUCAAAAAUUGUCUAGUGGAGAUCCGCCUUAACACAAGUCUUGAUCCGGUCACUUUCCACCCGCACUAUAGUUUUGUAUUUAGUAUAUCCAAUCAAAAUGUCCCAGGAGAGAUUUCAAUGUUAUAUAAAACAACGACAAUCUAAUAAUAGUUACAAGCACUAAAUAUAUCUUUAUCUAUUUAGCAUUAACCGAUCAAAAUGAUACAAGCUGGAAAUAGCCAAUCAGAGCCACAUCCGUACAGGUGGUUGUGGGACACGAACUUUUUAAUUAAAAUAAGAUUUGUAUCAGGCUUUCAUUUUUCUUCGACUGCACGCCGCGAGAAAAAUAAAGGCCUGAUUGGAGGUUAAUGAUGAUUAAGUGCGAUAAUUUUUUUGCAUCGUUUUUAAGUAGUAUAGCCAGGUGACUCGCAUAAUUUAAGACCGACAUUACAUGUACUGGCGGCGCCCAUAUUAGCAUACAAGUUAUUGUAAGAAUAUAUAGUUCGCUAUCAAGUUGUCCCUAUAUAGCUAAUUUGGAUUUUCCAUUAAUAAUUUACAUUCAGUUUCCAAAAUACCUGCUGAAAGUUUUAUAUAUAGAUGUACGUUGCGUGAUAAGCGUUCGUUAGUCACUACUCUUCUGGAC